GGAAGUGCCUGGCAGAAGGGAGGGACGGGGACGUGACCGCUUCUGAGAGUGAAAGCCAGCCGGGAAAGCGGCCGACAUGUCUUUCCCCCUCCCUCCCCCGUAUUUGUCAGGUGAAAAGAGGGCCUAAAGGGCUCCGUUCAUGGGACCCUGAAGGCUCGAGAGUUGCCGCUUUGUUGCGCCUGGAAAGGCUUCUUCCAACGGGGCGGCAGGCAGAAAUGCCACAGGCUCAACACUUGGUUAUGAAAAGUUCUAGGACUCAUUAUGUCCAGGUGUUCUCUCACUCCAUGGUUGCUUACUUGGCUGAUGUUGCUGUGUCAAUCAGGAUGCUGCUUCCUGGACUCUCUAAUUGUGGCAAGUAGUUUUAGGCAUGUGCAUCACUACAUCAAUAAGUCAAACCUGGAUCAAGGCUACUGUGAAAGAAAACGAAAACUCUCUAGUUUUGGUGGAUGGAGACUCUCCUCAGAAAAAUUCACAGCGACACUACCUAUUGAUCCAAUUGAAAAGAAUUACAUUCGUGAAGUGCAAGACUCCAUUUUCUCAGUUGUCUAUCCUAUUCCUUUUAAAUCCAGAGUUCUCCUUGUAGCUGUUUCAAAGGAGGUUCUAGAAGACAUUUUGGAUCUUGAUGUGUCUGUCUCAGACACAGAGGAUUUUCUUCAACUUGUCAGUGGUGGGAAAAUUGUCUUGGGGUCUCUGCCUCUGGCCCAUAGGUAUGGUGGCCAUCAGUUCGGUAGCUGGGCAGGUCAAUUGGGUGAUGGAAGAGCUCACUUGAUUGGAGUUUAUACAAACAGGUUUGGUGACAAAUGGGAGCUACAGCUGAAAGGUUCAGGAAGGACACCAUACUCCAGAAAUGGGGAUGGAAGAGCUGUGCUUCGUUCCUCUGUACGAGAAUUUUUGGGCAGUGAGGCCAUGCACCAUCUUGGAAUUCCUACAAGCAGAGCAGCUAGUUUAGUUGUUAGUGAUGAUGAUGUAUGGAGAGAUCAGUUCUACAACGGAGAUAUUAAGAAAGAAAGAGGUGCAAUCGUUCUCCGUGUUGCCAAAUCAUGGUUUCGGAUAGGAUCAUUAGAAAUUCUAACCCAUUCUGGAGAACUAGAUUUAUUAAGGAUACUGUUAGACCUUGUUAUAGAACACUUUCCAUCAAUAAGCAUGAAUGACUCAAAUAGAUACCUGGCAUUUUUCUCUAGAGUAGUUUCUGAGACUGCAGACCUGAUUGCCUUGUGGAUGUCAGUAGGCUUUGCUCACGGUGUCUGUAAUACAGAUAAUUUCAGUCUCUUGUCCAUAACCAUAGAUUACGGUCCAUUUGGGUUCAUGGACUCCUAUGAUCCAGACUUUGUCCCUAACUUAUCUGAUGAUGAAAGGCGGUAUAAAAUGGGAAAUCAAGCCAAUGUCGGGAUGUUUAAUCUGAACAAGCUGUUGCAGGCUUUAAACCCUUUGCUGGAUCCCCGACAAAAGCAGCUUGCUUCUCAGACUCUUGAGGGAUACCCUGACCAAUAUUAUAAACGUUUUACAGAAUUAUUCAAAGCAAAAUUGGGUCUCCUGGGCAGUGGUGAUGAAGAUGGCUAUCUGAUUGCAUUCCUUUUAAAACUCAUGGAAGAUGUGAAAGCUGAUUUUACCAUGACAUUUCGGCAGCUUAGUGAGAUCUCGUUAGACCACUUGAAGGACUUCAGCAUUUCCGAGGAAUUCUGGGCUCUGCAGGACAUCGCUAAGCACAAGCUCUUUUCCAGUUGGGUUGCUAUGUACCUCUUGAGAUUACAAAGGAACGCAGGCGAUUCAGAAUCUGACCGAAAAAGAAGAAUGUCCAGUAUUAAUCCUAGGUACGUGCUCAGGAAUUGGAUGGCAGAUUCGGCUAUCCAGAAGGCUGAAAGGAACGAUUUUUCUGAGGUCCGCUUCUUGUUGCAGGUUUUACAACACCCCUUCAAGAUACAGACUGUGGCAGAGAGAGCUGGUUAUGCCCAACGUCCCCCUGCCUGGGCCAAAGAGAUCAGAGUCAGCUGUUCAUCUUGAUGGUGAUGAUGAUGAAGAGAAUCUGCACCAAGAUGAAGGGAAAGGCCAGCGAUGAGACGAGACCAAAGCAUCACCAGUGGACUUAACUCGUUUUUGGUUUUGCUCUGUUGCUAUUUUUGUGUCUUUCAGUUCCCCUACUCCUCAUUUCCCUUUUUGAAGCUCCUUCCUGAAAUGAGCCUAGCCAACCUACAUUAAAGUCACCCAACACUA